AUGGCUGGACCGUACUUGUCUCCAUUGCCGGGAGAUCUUCUAACAGAGUAUAUGUUCGGUAGACGGCGGCAGAGAAGGAACAGAACAACAUUUACGCCGCAGCAGCUAAGCGAAUUGGAAUCCCUAUUUCAGAAAACACACUACCCAGAUGUCUUCUUAAGAGAAGAGGUAGCGUUAAGAAUUAGCCUGUCGGAAGCAAGAGUGCAGGUAUGGUUUCAAAACCGUCGUGCAAAAUGGCGAAAGCAGGCGAGGCUUCAACUUCUUCAAGAUGCUUGGAGAAUGCGUUGCCUGGGUCUUGGUACUCCUCCACUAGGCAUGCCAGGUCAUACGAAACCACCAGAAUCUUCCCCAGAAGCUGGAGAAUCACCAACGCCCAAGGAAUCACCAGAGCCGCCACCUAUAGACAGUAACAGUGAAUUAAAAUCGCCCCGACCUGAAACCUACCACCACAAUGGUAGCAUGACAGAAAACAUGCCAUCAAUACCACCACCCCAUGACAUGCCUCCUCCCAUGCCAUAUAGUAACGAAGAUGGAAGAAUGAUGCAACAGCCAGCCUUCCCUUUUCCACCAUUAUUGAUGCCGCCGCAGCUUGACAAUGAAGUUGUACCAACAGAUUUGAGAGUGAUCACAUCAAAGAACAACCCAUGUCACUGUGGCACUUCUGGCGAAGAAAACGAAGAACCACAAAACUUGGCAUACCGCAGGAGAGACAAUGAAGCGAGUGAUAGUGAAAGUGACACGGAAAUCGAUCUCACAUCGCAUUCCAAAGAUGAUGACUUACGUGAAUCAGAGAGACUCGCUAAAAGAAUAGCAACAAACAUAUUCAGAAGCGAUGCAGUCCUACACGACUUGUUACCAAACGACCUGAGUAUGGGAAUGAAGAAUAUCAACGAAAGAAAUAUUGGUAGGAACGUAUCGAUGUAAUUUUAGAUUUGAUGUAAAUUUCUGUUUCUAGUCAAUAUUGUACUUUAUAGACUUGUAGAUACUCAUUUAUUUAUACUAUUGAGAUUAAAACUACUGUUAAGGUUGAUAUAAUUGAUCUUAAGUUUGAAGCUGUUGUAGAUAGCGAACCAAAAAAAUGUAAUUUUUAGACUGUAUUUAUGAACUAUGUUUAUUUAGUUUUAGAGGUAAAGAAAGAAAUUUGGAAAAUGAAUAAUAGAUCAAAUUUAGAAAAAACAUUUUAUUUCUUCGUUACAAAAUUGACUUAACCAUAUUGACAAUUACCAGACGGUGUCGUUAAAAUGACUGUAUCAAUUUAUAAAAUUAAAGGAAUUC